AGGAUCCACUCACCCGGUCGGGCAGCAGACUUACCCGGUCGGGCAGGCUCGGCAGAACGGCGCUCCACAGCGCGGGCGAGGACGUGGGCGCGGCAGAGGCCGCGGAGGCAGGGGGCGUGGCCGAGGACAGCAGCAGCAGGCAUAUUGGUUCCCCCAGGGGCAUCCAGUUUAUUACCCCGGAGGGGGUGGGCAGCCGAGUACUCCUGCAGGGGGUGUGACAUCUACGGGUACUGUUAUUUGUAAUUCUGCUGUGUCACGUUUAAAUAUUAAUGCUUUACCUAUCUGUGUUACUAACAGUAGUCAUACAGGCUUGCCAUCAGACGGAGGUAUUCUCGGAUCUGUUCCCCAUCAUGCUGUCUGUCAAAUUUGUUUUUCUGCAGGUCAUUCUGCCAUUAACUGUCCUUCUCGUUUCACACAACCGACGUCUCCUGCUCUGUUGACUACUCCCGGUGACACUACUCCUGCUCUAUGGUUUCCUGAUUCAGGAGCUUCUGCUCAUAUGACUGCAUCUGAAGGACAAAGCAACGGGGGCAAUACUUCUGCGAGCUACUAGUAGUGGACCACUUUAUCCUCUCCAUCUGCCGUCUGCAUCACCAUUAGUUUUUGCUUCCGUUUUAGCUUCUGGCCCUGUGUGGCACCGUAGAUUAG